CCUCUCAUUGGUCCAUUCGUGAACCGUUCAGCGUGUCUGCACUCGGUGGUUGUGCUCAGUUUUGCUAGCAUUUAGAAAUGGCCACAGUCAAGCAAAAUGAAGCGAAAGCUUCUUCCUUGGAGGAAAAUAAGGAAAAUUCACCGGGCGGAGGAAUUGGUCUUGAAAUCUUGCAAAUCAUUAAGGAGUCCCAGCAGCUGCACGGUCUCAGACAUGGGGACUACCAAAGAUACAGGGGCUACUGUUCUCGUAGACUGCGCCGUCUACGCAAGACUCUUGGAUUCAAGAUGGGGAACCGGCACAAGUUUGUUGGGAAGAAAAUAACAGUCGAGAUGCUUUCAGACAGCAGGUACUUGCUUCUGGUUUUGAUGGAAGCAGAGCGUGCAUGGAGUUAUGCCAUGCAAUUGAAGCAGGAGGCCAACACGGAGCCGCGUAAGCGUUUCCACCUGCUGGCACGGCUCCGGAAAGCUGCCAAGCACAGUGAGAAGCUGGAGAAGCUAUGUGAGAGCCCCUCUGUUGAUGCCAAGACGAAACUGGAAGCACAGGCCUACACCUCAUAUCUGACUGGGAUGGUAGAAUUUGAACUGCAAAAGUGGAAGUGUGCCAUGGAGGCCUUCAAUAAGUGCAAGACCAUCUAUGAAAAGCUUGCAAGUGCAUUCACUGACGAACUGGAAGCGCUGUAUCGCCAACGUGUGGACGAAAUAUCACCCAACAUCCGAUACUGUGCUUACAAUAUAGGUGACCAGAACGCCAUCAAUGACUUGAUGCAGAUGAGACUGACAGGAGGGGGUGGAGGCAUGAUGGCUGAGAAACUGGAGGCCCUGAUCACUCAGGCAAGAACCAAACAGGCAGCCACCAUGAGCGAGGUGGAGUGGCGUGGGAGGAGUGUGCCAGUCAAGAUUGACAAGGCCCGCAUCUUCCUGUUGGGUCUAGCAGACAAUGAGGCUGCCAUUGCUCAGGCAGCCAAUGAGGAGACCAAAGAGCAUCUGUAUGAGACCCUGCUGGCCGAGUGCCGAGACACCAUCCAAGCGGUGCGAGAGGAGCUCAAGACUGAGGCGAAGCAGCGAGAGAGAAGUUCUGAUGCUGAGAAUGGAAAAGUGUCCAACAUGCAGUUUCUGCACAGCUACCUGAGCUACAUCAAGCUGUGCACGCUGGUGAAGAGGAACGAGAGCAUGGCGCACACACUGCAGGCCAAGCUGAAGGAGCCUGAGGGGGAUGAGAAUAAGAGGGGCCCCCGUCCACAGGACCUCAUCCGCCUCUAUGACAUUAUCCUGCAGAGUCUGGCUGAACUCUCCUCCCUGCAGGGGCUGGAGGACGACCACACCUUUCAGAAAGAGGUGUCCCUCAAGACGCUGGCCUACAAAGCAUACAGGUGUUUCUACAUUGCCCAGUCUUAUGUUCUGGUGAAGAAGUGGAGCGAGGCUCUGGUGCUCUACGAGAGGGUGCUCAAGUAUGCUAAGGAGGUGCAGUCGAAGGCCAAGAGCAUGAACAGCCUUAAGGAUCUGCCUGAUGUUCAGGAGCUCAUUGCUAAAGUCAAUGCAGAAAAAUACUCUCUUCAAGCGGCAGCCAUUUUAGACACUGGCGAGACUGUUGACGUUCCCACUCCACAGCCCAUCAAAGACAACACGCCUCUGUGCGAUCGCUUGGAGACGUUCCGCCUGGACCCGUCCCUCGUGGGAAAGCAUCCCAACCUGGUCCACUUUCCUCCCGACUUCCAGCCGAUCCCUUGCAAGCCUCUCUUCUUUGACCUGGCUCUCAACCAUGUGGCCUUCCCGCCCCUGGAUGACAAAGUGGAGCAGAAGGUCAAGGGCGGCCUAACCGGCUACAUCAAGGGCAUCUUUGGAUUCGGCAGCUAAAACGUAAAGAAGAAAAGCCUCCCUCGUGGCAUUUGUUAGAAUCAUGUUUCUUGGUUACUUUCAGUGCCUCCGCGCGAGACGACCGGAUGAGAUUUGGAAAAAGGAAUGUCAUGAAAUCCACCUGCCAACUUUUAAUGACUUGUCAUGGUUAAGCCGGUUACCAUGUCUUAAUAUUUAGAUCCAUGUUGUUGUUUUGUCCCCAGAGCGUUUAUAGAUCCCCCC